GAUGAUGUGACUUUGGUGACACCUGCCCUUGCACAUCGAGAUGUUCAGCUGCAGGGCAUCCCUCCUGGCCAGGGGCGGACUGACAACUCAUGGGGCCCUCGAGCAAUAGGGGAUCAUGGGGCCCCUGUGUCCUUGCCCAAACUCAAAAAAGCAUAUGAAAAAGGUACCACGGGCAUCUCAUGGGGCCCCCUACUGACCCCGGGCCCUCGGGCAGUGCCUGAGUUUCCAAAUGGCCAGUCCGCCCCUGCUCCUGGCGAUUGUUUUCUGUAGCAUUCAGGACUGCCCAGUGGUGGAGG